AUGGCUCGUCGUCGAAAAAACCGUACCCAUCUCAAGGGAGGCGUAGCGUCCAACCCAGGCACAGCCGAAGGUGUCCCGAAGUCGUUCGUGAUCAAGCACGGCCAGGUUGGCACCUCGCUCACGCAGCUCGUCCGCGAUGUGCGCAAAGUGAUGGAGCCCAACACCGCGAGCCGUCUGAAGGAACGGACCCGGAACAAACUUAAGGAUUUCUUCACGAUGGCGCCCGCGCUCGGCGUCACGCAUCUCCUUGCGUUUACUCUGACGGACGUCGCGCCGUCGUUCAGGAUCGUGCGCCUCUCUGCGGGGCCGACCCUCAGCUUCCGAGUGGAGCGGUAUAGUCUUGUGAAGGAUGUGAUGAAAAUCUCACGAAGGGCGCACAGUCUAGGGAGCGUGGAGUAUCUCAGCCCGCCCUUGCUUGUGCUUGCGUCGUUCCCGCAACCAGGGCCCUCGACCCCGCCGCACCUCUCGCUUCUCAUGAAGACCUUCCAGACGCUCUUCCCGCCGCUCGCGCCGCACACGCUGAGCCUCUCCUCCGCACGGCGCGUCGUGCUCAUCUCAUACGACGCCGAGCGCGGCACCGUCGACUUCCGGCACUACCUGAUUACUGUGAAACCGUACGGCGUGUCAAAGCGCGUGCGGCGCGUGCUCGAGGGCGCGUCCACCAAGUCUUCCGCGAAGGGCCACCUCGAUCUCGGAAACGAGAAGGACGUCGCGGAUUUCUUUUUGCGCCGGAAGGGCGAGCCCGGACCGGGCGCAAGUGACGGGUAUGAAUCUGCUGCGUCGUCGGCGUCGAGUGCCGCUGGGGACGAUGCGGACGCGGUGUCGCUUGCGGAUGAUUACGUCGGGAGGAAUAACAAGAAGGGCCAGAAAAGGGCGGUGAAGCUGGAUGAAAUUGGCCCGAGGAUGGAGCUGAGGCUGAUCAAAAUCACGGAGAGCGUGCCAGGGAAGGAGGGCGCUGUGAUUUAUCAUCAAUUUGUCAAGAGAACGAAAGCAGAGACCGCUACUCAGAAAGCCGAACACCGGGCCAAGGAGAAGCUGCGGAAACAACGGAGAGAAGAGCAGGAGCGCAACAUUCAACGGAAGAAGGAAUUGGCUACACAGAAUAAGGCACCAAAUGCUGCAGAGAACGAGGAAGACGAGGGCGACGAGGAAGAUCUAGAUGAAGACCUCAGAGAGCAAUCUGACGGCGGCGGCGGGGAGUACGAAGGGGAUGGUGCAUGGGACGACGAUGAAGAUAUCAGUGGGGAUGAACACGAGGGUAGCGACAGCGAAGAGGCAGAUGAAGAAAGCAGCGAAAGUGAGGUAUUCAGACCACCACCCAAAAAGCCUAAACUGCGAAGCAAAUACUAG